UCCUAGAAGAGUUAGAUAGAAUGCUAUUGAGCCACAAGCAUGCUCAAUACUAUGUGUGAGGCAUAAUGAUUCUAAUGCACGCUACACGAAAGAUUUUGUUGAUAAGGUCAAAGCUGGACUUAGCUAGAUGUGGCUGUGCUCGUAGAGUAACUCGGUGACUGAGUACAUAAGCGCUUGAUCAAUGUUCUCGAUGUCAUGGAUAAGUUCAAAACGCUAGAACCUCUCAAGUUAUAUUCUCCCCCAGCGAGUGCUUCUCCCAUUCGAAAAGCCACAGUCGCACCCCAGUUUGUGGGCAAACUCCCGUCAGAUCUCCACCUAUUGAUUCUCUCUUACCUCCCUGUACCGGACUUUCCUGCCUAUGCUCGUUGCUCACAUGCCACCGCCGCCUUAGCUGAAAGUGAAAAGUUAUGGGAGACACGAUGGAAAUCACUGAAAAUGGAUAAUAAAGGUCUGGGAGUUGUGCUGAACGAUCUAGAAGAACAUUCGAAGGGAAGAGCAGCAGAGUCACGAGCAGCGGCGCCUCCAACAAUAACCGUAGAUGAUGAAUUUGGAGAUUUUGCCUCCGUGGAUGUACCACCGGAUGAGAUGGGUGACUUUGUAGGAGCUUUUCAGAAUCCAACAACCCCAAUGUCGGCGUCGUUGUGGACGAACAACUUCAAAUCGACUUCGACGUUUCGCGGACAGUACAUUCGCGUUCAUAAUCUCCUCAAGCCCUUAACUAAAACCCUCCUAUCACCUGCGCAUAUCAUUCUUAACGACCUUGCUGCUGCAGUCACGCCUUCUCUACGAUCAGAAGCCUCAACUCUGCGCUUGUUGUUCUUGUUCCUUUCGCAAAGCAUCCAACCGGUACGGAAAUGGCGCGAGUACAGAACUGCACUGCGAAGUGCAAUGGAUAGGUUUGAUGCAAAUCUGUUGGCGGCAUUCGACAACGCAGACGAAAGAGGUGACGAAAACGGAAUGCGGGAGGCAGCAGAGAGCAGCUGGCUCGUUUGGGACGGCGCAGACAGUGACUGGGAGAUGGGAAAAGUUUGGGCAGAGAAACGGGAGAUAUUCUACGAUCAACCCUGGGAUCCGUUGGCCAAUUUCACUAAAGACCGUCAACUUGCAUUCGAUGCUAUGGAUGACUUCAUGACCAUUGUCCUAAACGCCAUAAGCGAACACGGUUCUCGCGCCGUUCGAGUAUUCCCCGCUGAAGCUGGCGUCCUCAUAUCCUUUUCGGAACGCGUCGCUUCAGACGUAGUUGGAGAGUACAUAUCCACCGUUCUGACUCGUGCACGCGAGAUAUCCCUCGACAUUUUUCUGAAAGCCACUGCAGCGAGCUUUAGGGAAGCUUGGAAGAUGGUUGAUACCAUCAUGUCUGCAGGUGGAACAUCGACAUCCCGGACUAAAGCAGAAGACGUUGUCUUCCGCAUGUUUGAGCCAAACAUGGACGAGUAUCUUGAUGAGGAAACCGAAGUUGUCAAGCCCACGUUCGAGGCUAUAUGUAAAGGUUGGGAUCAACAAGCUUCGGAACGUCACAAUAACUUGGGCGACGUUUCUGCUCGAUUCCUCACUUCACAUAAUCCAUCUCAGGUUAAACGGAACGUCCUUGCAAGUUUCACUAGUGUGCUCUUACUACCCGUGACUAUCGUUCCCAGAACUGUAGGAGCUGUCGGCGGAGCAUUGGUGAGCGGAGGAACAGCAGUUGGCGGAGCUGCCGCCCAAGGAAUUGCCAUGUUGAACCCACAAAGAUGGGGCGGAGCCGGUGGAGGUGGAUGGGGUAUUUCAAACGUCCCAGAAGGUUACCAAAAACAUAGAGGUCAAGGGAAUGAAACGAUGUUUGAGAUUGGCUCAGACGAGGAUGACGAAGACGAGCAAGAGGAAAAGGAGAAAGCUGAGGUGUUUGAUGAAAAGCAUGGUGGACUAAGCCUAGCGCCACCUCCCUCAGCUGCUCCACUGUCCGCUGGUACUCUACACACUGCAUCUACCUCCCUAGACCAAAUGGACCAAAUGGAUACUUUACUCUCCCUCGACGUCGCUCUAGAGCUCAUUCACACCUCCCGCGAAUCCCUCAAGCGAUUAGAAACUUUUGCGGCAUAUCCUGAUCGAAUCGGUGAUAGAGUCAGAGAUACCAUUGAGGAAGUGUUCAUAUUGAUGCUGCAGGCAUUGGGAGAUGGUCAUGUAAAGCGUGGGUUUUCAAGAGCAACAGCCCGAAUGACGUCGUAUAAACCUGCAGAACACGAAGAGACGACAAGCGUAGCACCCCUGCUACAAUUCUUCGAGCUGGUCCAUAUCGGAGACACGAUCCAAAGUAUGGUGCAGGUGUACUUCGAUAAAGAAAUGGCUCCUCACAUCGAUAAAACUGACUUUCUCAACUCUGUCGUGCGCGAAAAAAAGCGGUUCGAAAACUCCCUCGACGACUCUGUUGCGGGAGGACUUAAUGCUGGCACCGAGGUCUUAAUGAACCAAGUCGAACAUAUAAUAUUGAAGCUCACCGAACCUAGAGAGUAUUACCCUCCGGAAAAUGCCGCGUUGGAUUUGAAACCGAGUAAGGGAUGCACUGAAGCGAUCAAGUGUUUGGAAAUGCAUUGUAAGCUGCUGAAGGGGAGCACGAGCAAAGAAGUGUUGGAGGUGUUCCAUCAGGAGGUUGGGAUCAGACUUAUAGCAAUCUUACAAAAGCAUAUCAAACGCCAAAUCAUAUCCCUCACUGGCGGGUUUCAGGUCAUCGCUGAUCUCAAUGCUUACCACGCCUUCAUUAGUUCACUCAAGGUACCUUCAAUAACCGCCGAUUUCGCCCAUCUGAAAAUGCUAGGACAUGUCUAUGUUGUCGAGGAUGCAAAGGAUUUGGCUCAAAUCGUGAGGGAUGUGACGAGGUAUGGAGGUGCAUAUAGGCCGGAGGAUAUAUACGAAUUUAUCCAACGAAGAUCAGAUUGGAAAAAGAUCGAAAAGACGGUAGAUAAAACGAUGUAUAAUUUGAGCUUCAAGGAGGAUUGUAUUGUUUGUUAAAUGG